CAUUCCAUCUGUCAGGGAAGUCGGUCGGGACUUUCAAAAAAAAAAAAAAAAAGGAAAACAUGAAGUAGACACUUUGGAAACUUGAAUUUGUGACUAGUCUGGCCGACAGCCGAAGACUGUGCUUGUGGAUAAAAUGUGUUGUGUUAUAUGAAGAGGUGCUCCGACAGUAUUGUCGCCGUCCUUCGUAAGGAUGGCGGGUAUUUUAUUAACAUAUUUGGAGAAUGUGAAGCGGGGACUGAAGAUUGACGUCCUGAGAGAAGCCGGACGUCAGUAUCCAGUCUUCUGCUUCCUGCUGCUGUCUAUGGUGGCUCUGACUUUGCUGCUCAACAGGUAUAUCCACAUCCUGAUGGUCUUUUGGUCAUUCCUGGCUGGUGUCGCUACUUUCUAUUGCUCCCUCGGGCCGGAGUCCCUCAUACCAAAUAUCCUCUUUACCAUAAAGCCAAGAAACAAACGGCAGGAGCAGGAGUUGUUUCCUCUGGGCCACAGCUGUGCCGUGUGUGGGAAGGUCAAGUGCAACCGUCACCGGCCGACGCUGCUCCUUGAAAACUAUCAGCCGUGGUUGGACCUGAAGGUUCAUUCAAAAGUAGACGCUUCAGUAGCAGAGGUGUUCGAGUUAGUCCUGGAGAACUUUGUGUACCCCUGGUACAGGGACAUCACAGAUGAUGAGGCAUGUGUGGAUGAAGUGAGGAUGACCUUUCGCUUCUUCGCGUCAGUGCUCGUUCGCAGAGCUCAGAAGGUCGAUGUUCCUGCUGUGUUUGCGGACAAAGUGAUGAAAGCUGGAAUGAAGCAUAUUGAAAUUAUUGCAAAAGCUCGACAAAAAGUGAGCAAUGUGGAAGGUUUACAACAGGCAGCUCUGGAUGAAUAUGGCGCUGACCUUCACAUUGCUCUGCGCAGCAGAAAAGACGAGCUCCUCUACCUGAGGAAGGUGACGGAAAUGCUGUUUCCCUUCGUCAUGCCGCCCAAAGCAACAGACUGCAGGUCUCUGGCUCUGUUGCUGCGGGAGGUGAUGGCUGGAUCUGUCAUGUUACCAACUAUGGAUUUCAUGGCUGACCCUGAUACUGUGAACCUCAUGGUGCUGAUAUUUGUUGAUGACACUCCACCUGAACCAGCCACAGAGCCUCCAUCUGCUUUGGUUCCAUUUUUACAGAAGUAUGCAGACGUCAGCAACAAAAAGCCGUCUGUACUGAAGUUGGACCUGAAGGAGAUCAGGGACCAGCAGGAUCUCCUCUUUCGUUUCAUGAACUUCCUGAAGCAGGAAGGAGCCGUGCAUGUGCUGCAGUUCUGCCUUACUGUGGAGGAGUUCAAUGAUAAGAUCCUGAGUCCAGACCUGAGUGACUCUGAGCUGCAGCGUCUUCAUGGUGAGGUGCAGCACAUCUACGAGACCUACUGCCUGGACGAAAGCAUCGACAAGAUCAGCUUUGACCAGUUCAUCGUGGAUGAGAUACGGAACAUUGCCAAAGGUCCGUACACUGGUGUGGUGAAGCUGCAGACAAUGCCCUGCCUGUUUGAGGCGUACGAACACGUGUUGUCUCUGCUGGAGAGAGUCUUCACCCCGAUGUUCUGUCACAGUGAUGAAUACUUCAGAUACCUGCUGAGGGGAGCAGAGUCUCCAGCAAGAAACUCAAGAAUUAACAGAAAUAGCUUCAGUCUGGAUGAAAGCAGAAACCUGUCAAAACGAGGGGAGACAUUCGGGAUCAGCAGAAUUGGCAGCAAAAUCAAAGGUGUGUUCAAGAGCACGACCAUGGAGGGAGCCAUACUGCCACCCAGCGCCAUGAACGACAUGGACGAUGACCAGGUGGAGGAGGCAACUGUCGUGAUGGAGGACGACUCUCCCGCUGAGCCGGCCAGUUCGGCGGGCACCCAGAGAAACCUUUCGGCCUGGAGCAUCACCAUCCCCUACAUCGACUUCUACGAUGACGAGGUCAAGAAGGAAAAGAUCCCCGUCUUCUGCAUCGACGUGGAACGCAACGACAGGAGAGAAGUUGGUCAUGAAACUGAGAAGUGGUCUGUCUACAGAAGAUAUCUUGAGUUCUACGUACUCGAAUCCAAGCUCACUGAAUUCCAUGGCACAUUUGCAGAUGCACAGCUUCCAUCCAAAAGAAUUAUUGGACCAAAGAAUUAUGAGUUCCUUGCAUCAAAAAGGGAAGAAUUUGAGGAGUAUUUACAGAGACUCUUACAUUAUACAGAGCUCAGUAACAGUCAGCUGCUGGCAGACUUCCUGUCUCCUCACAGCAUGGAGUCUCAGUUCCUGGACCGGAUGCUGCCCGAUGUCAACCUGGGAAAAAUUUUUAAGUCUGUGCCAGGAAAGCUGAUAAAAGAGAAAGGACAGAACCUGGACCCUUUCCUCCAGUCCUUCUUCAGCUCCUGCGAGUCGCCCAAACCCAAACCCAGCCGACCUGAGCUGACCAUCCUCAGCCCCUCCGCCGAGAACAACAAGAAGCUCUUCAACGACCUGUUCAGAAACAACGCAAACCUGUUGGACAGUUCAGAGAGGAAGCAAAACUACAAUUGCUUCAUGGAAAUGGUCUCUGUAGACGGCAUGUAUGACUACAUGAUGUACGUCGGUCGGACAGUGUUCCACACGCCAGACUGGCUGCACCACUGCCUGGCUGCAGGGAGGAUCCUGUUCAAGAACACCUUUGAAGCCUACAUGGAUCAGUACAUGCAGUCCAAACUGGAGCAGAUCCUCGAGGAACACCACUUGGUCUCCCUCAUCACACAGCUCAGAGACGCUGUUUUCUGUGAGAGCAGUGAGGAGCGAACCACCGAGGACAAACAAAUCAGAGCCAAGCAGACGUUUGAGGAGAUGAUGAAGUAUUUACCAGACUUUGUGGUUAAGUGCAUCGGCCAGGAGGCGAAAUACGAAGGCAUCCGGCUCCUCUUUGAUGGUUUCCAGCAGCCUGUUCUCAACAAGCAGAUGACGUACGUCCUGCUGGACAUCGCAGUGCAGGAGCUUUUCCCUGAACUCAGCAAGGAACUGAAGGAAGCCACCGCCGUGAAGCAGAUAAUGUACUGAACACUGUAUCCACAACUCCAAUGAUGGAAGUGCAAUAAUCAACUAUUUCCAAAACCUCUGGGAUCAUGUCUACAUUCCAAUGUACAUAAAUAAACUAAUAAAAAGAUAUAUAUUUAUUGACGCCACUGCA